AAAAAAAAGUAUAAUGAUGAAAUCCAAGUAUAUAUACAUAUCUCCUUGGAUUUCCGGACAGACACAACUCCAACCUGCGGAUGGCAACAACCCGCUAAGAAACGUCUUGUCUGUCCGGAAAUCCAAGGAGAGGGAGAAACAACAAAGAUGGCGGACAGGCUAACGCAACUUCAAGAUGCAGUCAAUUCUCUUGCUGAUCAGUUUUGCAACGCAAUCGGGGUGCUGCAGCAGUGUGCGCCGCCAGCUUCGUUCAGCAACAUACAGACAGCAAUAAACAAGGACCAGCCAUCGAACCCCACUGAGGAGUAUGCCCAACUAUUUGCUGCACUGAUUGCCCGGACAGCUAAGGAUGUGGACGUGCUGAUUGACUCACUGCCUAGUGAGGAGUCCACGGCAGCUCUACAGGCGGCCAGUCUGCGGCAGUUGGAGGAGGAGAAUCAUGAUGCAGCGGCACGUCUCGAAGAGGUGGUAUACCGAGGGGACUUGCUACUGGAGAAGAUCCAAAGCGCCCUGGCUGAUAUUGCUCAGUCACAACUUCGUACUCGCAGUGGAGGGCCCAACCAGACCACACCGCCUGAAUCAUGACCCCACACAACAUGGAGCAAAGACAUUCUCACAUCACUUUCUCACAUACACACACCAGAGGGUGCAAAUAUGUGCAGGAAAUCAAAUAAAGAGCCCACCUGAACAGCUGACCUCUCAAGGAGGUGAAUCUAUGGAAAAUACUUUUUGCAAUAUGUGAUGGGACAUUGGGAAGUUGGUGCUUGGGGAAUUCAGUGAGACCAUGAACCCACAUGUUCCUUUACACAAGGACAUUGAGUUCUGCCAGAAAGGAACUGUUUACUCUGUCUUUUUCUUAGCACACUCUAUUUUGGAUUAAACAGCACUGCUCCGGC